AUGAGUGCCCCCCUCUAUCGCCGCCGCCGACCUGCCGUUGCGUGUAUCGAGUGUCGACGACGCAAAGUGAAAUGUGAUCGUGCAUUUCCCUGCGGCCCAUGUGGAAAUGCCUCCCUAAUGUGUGGUUAUCGUUAUCCCAAUAAUGAACUGACGAUGACCAAUCUCUGCGCUGGCCCGACCUCCAGCGAUCUGUCUUCCUCUACUAUCGCAUCCGAGGAGAAUAGUAUUCAGACUGGGGUUGUAGUUAGCACUCCGAUCACCUUCACCUCGUCGAGCAGCGUUAUUGCCAAUUUACCACCUCACUUCACCUUCCCAUCAGGGUACACCGUCUCCAGGUCGGAUGUGGGGAUGAACGAGAACGAGACUGUGGAUCUCCCCGGGCGCACCAUAUCCCACGCUAAGAGCUCGGAGCAUUUGAACUUUCUGCUGCACCGGUCGGACCAUGCGGAGAUCCAACCACUCUGGGAGCAAUGCAGCCAUUACGCCCAGAUCAUCAAGUCAGACCGAGCCGUCAAGUAUUACAACCAACUAGGCCCACCGAAUGCGACGAACAAUCUGCUUCUCAAGUCAACCUGUGACCGCCUGAUCAUGCUAUACCUGCACACCUUCGAGGCAGUCUUUCGGGUGCUGCAUAUUCCGACCUUCAUGCAACAGUAUGAGCUAUACUGGAACAACCCGCAUGGUGCCAGCCGGGCUUUCCCAUCUACCUUCGCUCUUGUGCUGGCCAUCGGGGCCUGCUUCAUCUCAGAUGCUGACGCGGACGAGCUUCAGCUGUUUGCGCCGCAGUGGAUUGCUAGUGCGCAGUUUUGGCUCACCGAGAGCUUUGACAAAUUUGGCAUUGAUCUUUCGGUCCUGCAGGUCUCAACCCUGCUGCUGUUAGCGCGCCAAACACUCCCUGAUCCUUCCGAGCUAGUCUGGAUCUCAGGAGACUUUCCCCUACGUAUCGCAAUCGGACUCGGCCUUCACAAAGAGCCGCGAAUCCAUUUCCCGGAGUUUUCGCCCUUCGACGGCGAGAUGCGGAAGCGCCUGUGGGCUACCAUUCUGGAGAUGUCGAUACAGUCAUGUCUGGAUACGGGCAUGCCACCGUCUAUCUCCAAUGACGAUUUCGACUGCGAGCUGCCAUUCAACAUCAAUGAUGUCGAUGCCAGCAAUCUAUCAGCUGCGACGGACAUCGCAGAUGGCUUUACCCAAAGCACCGUUCAGCGGAUGCUGAUGCAGAUUAUGCCAUUGCGGCUGCAGAUCCUUCGGUAUUGCAAUUCCCUCAAAAAGGGCCCGGGCCAGAAUUACCAAUGGGUUUUGAAACUGGGCAUGCAGCUGAAUGCCAUGUGUCAUUCCAAUACUGCGACGCUGCAGUCGUAUCAGAGAAACUCCAUCCCCGACACCCCGAUACCGACUGGAUUCCAGAUCCACCUGCUGAAUAUGUUGACUCGUCGAUUCCUGCUGGCGUUACAUACGCCAUUCGCGGUGGAAGCCAAAGUAAACCAGUCAUUCUACUUUAGCCGUAAAGUGCUUAUUGAGAACGCACUCACCUUCCUAUCCCCUCUGCAGUUGGUCUCGCAGAAACCGUUGCCCGUGGAUUCCCUACCCGAGAACCAGCAACACGAGCUCCUGAGGUUGAAAGUUCGUGGGGGUGACAUCAUUCGGCACAUGCUGUGCCAUGCCACAGCCAUUCUGAUCGUCGAACUGACAACAGAGUUGGGGGAAAAUGCAUUUCCCAUCAUGCACAGCCUUUCGCAGGACCUAUUCUUUCAUGCCAUCGAAGAGUCGAUGGCCAUCUUCCGGCGACGAAUUCAAGCCGAGGAGACCAGUGUCGACGUUUAUGUUCUGUUCUCCUGUGCCAUGGCACAAGUCAAGGCGAUGGAAGCCGGACUGGCCCCCGGACGACAAACGAUUAAACCCGCCAAAGACAGCUUAAACAUCUGCUGUGAACUGCUCAAAUUUCAAGCCCAAGUCAGCGCGGUCAGUUCGGUCAGUUCUCUAGGAUUGACACAAGAUCUGCAGGUAGGAUUGGAGAGUGAGCUUGGAUCUUCGGACCUGUGGAAUGGCAUGUUAUGA